GUUUAGACUCAACCCACAAAAAAAAGAAGCAGCUGUUCCCAGCAAAGUUUAGGUUAAAGUUUUUCGCCGGCGAGUAAAUAAUACAUUUAAACAGAUUUACUGAUAUUGUAUCCCUUAGAGGCGACCUACGGACCAUGGCAGACAGAUGUACGUGUAACUGAUGAGGAUCAAGAGUAAUGGACAUGCUUUCCACUUAACAUCUAGUCAGUGUCUGAGGGCCAGUAGCAAUGGGGACACAGUUCACAAUCGAUGAUGCAUUUGUCCUGGAGGGGGAAGAGGAAGGUGUGGUGCCUGAGGAGGAUGCGGGGGAAUGGAAGGGCAGAGAGAAAGACGGCGGUGGAGAGAUGACAUUUGGACCUCUUUCUUUUACCAAAACACAAAGUCAUCCUUCUGGAUCUGCCGGCACUCCUGAACACAGCAAUCUGAAGUAUCAGAACCUGGAAAAUGAAGAUGCUUUGGGUGGCACUGUGAACUCCUCUUUCAAUAACUUCUUCAAAAUCAGCGAUCCUGCUACUUUGUCCUACUGCAGCUCUCAGUGGUCAUUCAGCACACUCAGCUCAGUCACACAGCUGUCUGCUCACUGCUGCGGGUGGACGUCUCACCCACUAGUGAAGAAGAACAGACGAGUGGUUCUCGCCUCAUUCCUCCUGUUAAUCACUGGAGUUGCUUUGAUCUUUACAGGCAUUGUCAUACAGUUAAACCCUCAUGCAGGUGUUUCGAGUGCAAUUUUCUUUGUUCCUGGAUUUCUCCUCUUCAUUCCUGGUGUUUAUCAUGUGAUCUAUAUAAGCUGUGCAGUUCGGGGACGAAGAGGAUUCAAGUUCUUUUAUUUGCCAUACUUUGAGAAGUAAAAACAGUUUCUCUUUACAUCAUCCAGACCGGGAGUCUGGAUCACCCAACAUUUCAAAUCCCUAAAAAUGAAGUAAGGGGGAUGACUUCUUUCUACAACCUCAGUUACUUGUGGUUUUUUUAAACAAUUUCACCAUUUUUUUGUUGUAAAAGCCAGUCUGUAUGCAGUCUCUAACCUCUACAGAAAGAACUAACAGCAGAGCUUCAACUGUGAUUUACUAUCAAGUGCAACAACGUACAAUCUUACUUCAUCUGUGUCCACAGAAUUUGAGAAGCCACAUAUGAUUGAGAUUUUGUGUAUUUAAAUGUUCUCAAUUCAGUGAAGCAUACUUCGAGUUCAGCAAUUAUUAUAAGCUGGUUAUAGAUGUACAAAGUUUUGUCUUAUGUAGUGCGCCAAUAAUAACAUGAAUUUGUUCACCACUAGCGCUUGUAGUGAAAAUUAAAUAAUAGAAAACAAAGCAAAUGACAUGAAGUAAAAAGAGCAACAUUACCAUUUAGGCCACCACACACACAAACACACACACGCAGUCUAACUUGUAAAACUUCGACUUUCAUCUUCCACCUAUUGUAAAAUCAUUCAAGAUGCAGCAACCAAAGUGAUAUGCUUUUGGACUGAAUAUUUUUCUUAACUAUUACCACUACUAACACUUUAAAACCACUGUUUUAGUCCUAAAACAAAUGUGUUGAAAAGAUUUUGUAUUGUGUAAUUUGUUUUUUUUUAAUCUUUGACACUACAAUAAACCUGUUUUUAUAUUUGCUUUUAAA